GUGUCUUUUUUUGUUUUCCCGUAUCCGCCAUUUCAGUUUUUGAAGUUAGUUGUCAUCGGUUGCUGGAUUGUAGCUGAAAUUCUGUCGUUUAAACGGAUUGUAUGGUUAUUAGAGCUUAAUUCCGCUCAUAAACCGAAUAAGAGUCCUUUUUAUUUCGAAGUUGUGGUUCUAUAGCGGCAAAUUGAUGUCCAGACGGCCAGCUGCGGAUGUCGCCUGUUUACUAAACGUGCUCUAGGCGCUAAAGUUUUUGUAUGAGUUGAAGGCUUUGCUUGUGGAUAACGGGAGGGAGAGAAGGGAAGGCCCGGUGAAGCCUCGGCUUUGGAGUGGUUAUCAUGGCCGGAAAUUUUGACGCUGAGGACCGUGGUAGCUGGUACUGGGGUCGGUUAAGCAGGCAGGAGGCUGUGUCUCUGUUGCAGGGGCAGAGGCACGGCGUGUUUCUGGUCCGGGACUCCAUCACCAGCCCCGGUGACUACGUGCUCUCGGUAUCUGAGAACUCCAAAGUCUCGCAUUACAUAAUUAACAGCAUCAGCAACAACCGACAAUCCGGUCCAGUUUUGGCUCAUCCGAGGUUUCGUAUCGGUGAUCAGGAGUUUGACGCUCUCCCUGCUUUGCUAGAGUUCUACAAAAUCCACUACUUGGACACCACCACCUUAAUAGAGCCCAUUAACAAGUCCAAACACACGUCCUUCAUCAGCAUCGGCCCCGGUGGUCCCCCCCCUCGCCUGGAAGACGAGUAUGUCCGAGCACUUUUCGAUUUUCCCGGCAAUGACGAGGAGGAUCUCCCAUUUAGGAAGGGCGAUAUUCUCAGAGUUCUGGAGAAGCCAGAGGAGCAGUGGUGGAACGCCCAGAACUCUGAAGGCCGGGCGGGGAUGAUCCCAGUGCCAUACGUGGAGAAGUACAGACCAGCGUCUCCGAGUUCGGUGGCAGGGCCCGGCGUUCCCGGGGGGCCGCCGGGAGGAAUGGGAAUGCUAGGGAACUCUGAUGGCUCUGCAGCACAGUCCGGCCCUCCGUUACUGGGAGACCCCAGCCAGUACGCCCAGCCCACCCCCCUCCCAAAUCUUCAGAAUGGACCUGUCUAUGCCAGGGCCAUACAGAAGAGGGUGCCUAAUGCCUACGACAAGACUGCCCUGGCCUUAGAGGUGGGCGAUAUGGUGAAGGUGACCAAAAUAAAUGUGAACGGCCAGUGGGAGGGUGAAUGUAAAGGCAAACGUGGCCACUUUCCCUUCACACACGUCAAACUGCUGGACCAGCACAACGCCGAGGAUGAACUCAGCUGAGAGUGGACAGCCAGGCCGCAACCUGGACACUAGUAUUAGACCCUUCCUCACCCCUCCCUGCCUCCCUUCCAACUUAUUCCACACGAUCACCUGCUCCCCUCACGUCUGCUGCAGCUUUGACCCAAGUACAGUUUCAGAGAAUCACUGAGAACAAAACAAACACGCCCUUGUAUCCCACACACCCUCCAUUUCUACCCCUCUGAAUAAUCAUGCCAACCCUUCACCACCACCUGACAAACUUAAA